AUGUUCUCUCACUCGUGGAACCGACAAGCUGGGACGGCUACGACUGAACAGAAAAAUGUCUUCAUCUCCACGCGGGUCCAGCCCCAGACAUACGCAAAACCAUUGACCCAUCGCUCCCCUCCUACACAUGGAGGGAGUGCGUAG